UUCCCGGCCAUUCUGACUCAGAGACGGUGUGACUUUGACUGUGAGUGUAGGUACCUUCACAGAGAAAGAAAAGACCUACAGUUAGUUCCACAAGCUGUGCCUGUAGCCGCGUUGCGUCUUUUCUCCAGCUUGACUCAACCAAGUCUGAAUUCCCAUUAAAUAUGUCUCAUACCGCUUGUUAUCAAACGCCUCAGGUUAUAAUGUACAACCAACACAGAAUAAGUACUACUCUAUAGCCAACGGGAUACCAAGGACUCGAUUGCAGUCGCUUCAAGCCUGAUAGUUUGUCCUUGUGGCUGCCUUCCCUCUCCAUUCUGCUCAGUGGUCAACUGGCAUUUCUUCUGACAACUUCCCAUCCCUCUCCUUGGAUGAAGAAGACUUAGUUCUCCAGCGAUCUUUGUCUGCUUUACCUUUGCCUACAUUUGUUUACUGUUCUGCUCUCAGCAGUGCUGAAUUCUCUAUUAGAUACAUUUUCAAAAUUUUGCCAAGAUGAUUCAAAACGGUUAUUUGAUCUUUGAGGAUGAAAGUUUCCUGGAUUCUACCGUGGCCAAAAUGAACGCUCUGAGAAAGAAUGGCCAGUUCUGUGAUGUUAGGCUGCAGGUGUGUGGUCAUGAACUCAUGGCCCACCGUGCAGUUCUGGCUUGCUGCAGUCCCUACCUGUUUGAGAUCUUUAACAGUGACAUUGAGCCUCAUGGAGUCUCACAUGUCACUUUUGAGGACUUGGACCCAGAGGCUGUGGAGAUCUUGCUAAACUACGCCUAUACUGCCCAGCUCAAGGCAGACAAGGAGCUGGUCAAGGAAGUUUACUCUGCAGCCAAAAGGUUCAAAAUGGAGCGAGUCAAACAGAUUUGUGGUGACUACUUGCUGUCUAAAUUGGAUGCCCAGAAUGCCAUUUCCUUUCGAAACUUUGCCAGCUCUAUGGGAGAUGCUAGAUUUUUGGCCCAGGUAGAUGCCUUCAUCCAAGACAAUCUACUGGAAGUGUCCGAACAGGAGGACUUCCUUAAACUUCCCCGCCUCAAGUUAGAGGUAAUGCUAGAAGACAACCUCACCCUGCCCAGCAAUGGCAAGCUCUACUCAAAGGUUCUCAACUGGGUGCAGCGUAGCCUCUGGGAGAAUGGAGAACAACUUGAACGACUGAUGGAGGAGGUGCAAACGCUGUACUACUCACCUGACCAUAAGCUGGUGGAUGGAGGGCUGGUGAUUGAGGGGCACAGUGAGGUGUUUGGUAGCGAGGAGGACCACCUUCAGUUUGUGCAGAAGAAACCUGUGCGGGAGAGCGACCAGAGACAGAUGAGCUGCAGCUCUUCAGGAAGCCUGUCACCCUCCAACCAAGCAGCAAAUGCCCCAAAGCAGACUGCCAGGAGAGAGUGGAAGUACAUCGCCUCUGAGAAGACCACAAACAACAACUACUUGUGUCUGGCUGUGCUGGAUGGUGUGCUGUGUGUGAUCUUCUUGCACGGUCGCAACAGCCCUCAGACAUCUCCUUCUUCUACACCCUGCUUAAUAAAGAGCCUCAGCUUCGAGGCCCAGCCAGAAGAGCUUGAACAGCAUCCGCUCUCACCCAUGCAUUAUGCUCGCUCUGGCCUGGGUACCGUAUCCUUGAAUGGAAAACUCAUUGCAGCAGGGGGCUACAACAGAGAAGAGUGUCUGAGGACUGUGGAGUGUUAUGACCCCAAUGAGGACCGCUGGACUUUCAUCGCACCCAUGCGGACUCCGAGGGCUCGAUUCCAGAUGGCUGUGCUCAUGGGUCAGCUUUACGUGAUUGGAGGUUCAAACGGACAUUCGGAUGAGCUGAGUUGUGGGGAGAAAUAUGAUCCACAUGCCGAUGAGUGGACUCAGGUACCAGAGCUGAGGACAAACCGCUGCAAUGCAGGUGUCUGUUCCUUGAACAACAAACUCUAUGUUGUGGGAGGGUCGGACCCCUGCGGGCAGAAGGGUCUGAAGAACUGUGAUGCUUUUGACCCUGUGACCAAAACUUGGACCAACUGUGCCUCCCUUAAUAUCAGGAGGCACCAGGCAGCAGUGUGUGAGUUGGAGGGCUUCAUGUAUGCAAUUGGAGGGGCAGAGUCAUGGAAUUGCCUGAACACCGUGGAACGUUACAACCCUGAGAACAACACCUGGACACUGAUAGCCCCCAUGAAUGUGGCUCGCAGAGGGGCCGCUGUUGCUGUCCAUGCAGGCAAACUUUUCGUCGUUGGUGGCUUCGAUGGCUCCCAUGCCCUUCGGUGUGUGGAGAUGUACGACCCCAUCCGCAAUGAUUGGAAGAUGCUGGGUAGCAUGACCUCAUCUCGCAGCAAUGCGGGUGUGGCCAUGCUGGGCGAGACCAUCUACGCCGUGGGCGGCUUCGACGGAAACGAGUUCCUUAACACAGUGGAGGUGUACAACCCUGAGACAGAUGAGUGGUAUGACUGCGCCAAAGCCCCGUCCCCCUUCUCUGACUGAAGAGGGAAGACUGGGAGGAGGGAGGGAGGGCAGGGGAGUGGGAGUUUCAGUGCUUCACCCUUCUAAUUUUUUUUUUUUUGCCCCCCAAACUAACAGGCUUAGUGACGUAAUCGUGUUUCGUGAUGUUCUGUGUGUAUGAGUGGAUAUGUGUGGGGAUGGGGGAUGUUGGGGUGAGGGAUCUUCAGUGAAGAUCAACUUAUAUUUGGGGGAUUGGGAGAGGGGUGGGAGGGUUGUUGCUCAAGGCAACAUGACGCCUUUGCAUAUUGCAUACAAUGGUUUUUGUGCUGUAUAUAUUUUUCUUCCUCAUUUCUGUCAUAUGCCAACACAUUUAGUGCUUUUUUUUUUUUUUUCCUUCGAUUUCAAAGGUUUGAUUCUUUGAGGUUUUCAGAGAAGCAUUCUGCUUUUGGUUACUUAGAAGGUGGCUGUAUGGAGUGGUGAUUGACUUUUUAUUUAAGAAAUGUAAUUUUGCUCACAUAUUUAAAGGUCAGUAGUUUGAAGCCUUACUCAGUAUAAGUUGAUAAACACCUGUCAUGGCUUUGUGUCAUUUUAAGCCAACUGGAUUGCUUUUUGAAUCUUAAAUGAUGGCCUUUUUUUAUAUUUUUAUACACUGCUGAUUUACCAGUAAAAUAAAAGUAGUAGCAGACAGCUUAAGUCAUUGAAUCUAACCAGUGCCAGAUUUAGUUGCAUUUUCAUACACACACCACACGCACAAACCAUGCUUCUGCUAACCAAACUUUUAUUGUGAUUAAAAAAAAAAAAAAUGUAUGUAGACAUGAAGUUUACUAAUUUAGUUUUUUUUUUUUUUCCUCUUGUGUUUUAAAGUGUCAGGCAUUGGCAGAUUCUUCUUGAACGAUUGUUAGAGCAAGAAAAUGACCACAUUUGUAACAUUUCUUAAUAAAUCAUUUAAACCAGA